ACUCCUCCUCUCUCUAGGUAGCAUGUACCAACUGGAAGCGUGUAAUGGUGGUUCUCUCUGAGGGUCUGCUGGCUCCGGAUGGACAACCUUACCGCGACCCCCAGGCCCUGCCCCCUGACCUCAUACACAACUCCUCCCUGCACCUCACCUUCUCCAAGUUCUGGCGUAGGUACGGCCGUCUCUCCCGUCACCUGAUGAGGGUGAAACUGCAGAGUUACACCAAGUUCCUGUUUGUCCGCGACCCCUUCGUCCGACUCAUCUCCGCCUUCCGGAACAAGUUCCAACAGCCCAACGAAGACUUCUACCGCCAGUUUGGCUCGGUCAUGCUACGUCGUUAUGGAAACGGGACCUCCAGGGUUCCGGAGUCAGCGGCGGAGGCGUUCGAGGCGGGGAUCCAGCCGUCGUUCUCGGAGUUCGUCCGGUAUCUCCUCGACCCCCAGACGGAGCAGGAGCAGCCGUUCAACGAACACUGGCGCCAGGUGUACCGGCUCUGUCACCCCUGUCAGAUCCACUAUGAUUUCAUCGGCACGCUGGAAAACCUGGAGGACGACUCGGAUCAGCUGCUCCGGAUCCUGGGCCUGGAAGACCAGAUAAAGUUCCCGCCUAGCAACCGGAACCGCACGGCGGCCAGCUGGGAACGGGAUUGGUUCGCUGAGGUUCCGGCCGAGUUGAGGAAGAAGCUGUACAGUUUGUAUGAGCCAGACUUUGAGCUGUUUGGGUAUCCUAAACCAGAGAGUCUGCUCCAUCACUGAUAGGCUGUUUGGGUAUCCUAAACCAGAGAGUCUGCUCCAUCACCGAUAGGCUGUUUGGGUAUCCUAAACCAGAGAGUCUGCUCCAUCACUGAUAGGCUGUUUGGGUAUCCUAAACCAGAGAGUCUGCUCCAUCCCUGACAGGCUGUUUGGGUAUUCUAAACCAGAGAGUCUGCUCCAUCACUGACAGGCUGUUUGGGUAUCCUAAACCAGAGAGUCUGCUCCAUCACUGACAGGCUGUUUGGGUAUUCUAAACCAGAGAGUCUGCUCCAUCACUGAUAGGCUGUUUGGGUAUCCUAAACCAGAGAGUCUGCUCCAUCACUGAUAGGCUGUUUGGGUAUUCUAAACCAGAGAGUCUGCUCCAUCACUGAUAGGCUGUUUGGGUAUUCUAAACCAGAGAGUCUGCUCCAUCACUGAUAGGCUGUUUGGGUAUUCUAAACCAGAGAGUCUGCUCCAUCACUGAUAGGCUGUUUGGGUAUUCUAAACCAGAGAGCCUGCUCCAUCACUUGAUGCCUUACACAUGUGGCUGAGAGCCGUGGAUUUGAACCCUGUAUACAUGCAAGUCUGCCGCAAGGCUGUGCUGUUAGCCCACUGAGCUAAAGCCUAGGCAUUAACUUGGGGAGCUAACGCAACCCUCUAGCUCUCCACGAUCAGGAGAGAAGAACCAUUUAAGUGUUUUUUUCCUAAAGGGAAUAGUGCUGUAAAAAAAAAGUUUUUGAAUAAAACAUUUUUGGGGGAAAUAAA